UUUUUCUUGAAGUUUUUCCUCAAGUGCAACCAAAACUGCUUGAAGAAUGCCGGAAACCCAAGGGACAUGCGGAGGUUUCAGGUGGUCAUCUCAACCACACCCAACGUUGACGGCCAUGUUUUGGCUGUAUCAGACAACAUGUUUGUGCACAACAACUCAAAACACGGUCGUCGAGCAAGGCGCCUGGACCCAUCAGAAGGAGCCACACCCUGUAUCAAGGCUAUAAGUCCGAGUGAGGGCUGGACGACAGGAGGGGCAACAGUUAUCAUCGUUGGUGAGAAUUUCUUUGACGGUCUUCAGGUCGUAUUUGGAACCAUGAUUGUCUGGAGUGAGCUGAUCACGUCCCAUGCCAUUAGGGUUCAGACUCCACCAAGGCACAUCCCGGGCGUCGUUGAAGUCACUCUAUCCUACAAAUCCAAACAGUUCUGCAAAGGAGCACCGGGCCGCUUUGUCUACGUCUCACUCACAGAGCCAACCAUCGACUACGGAUUCCAGAGACUCAGCAAGCUGGUACCCAGACAUCCUGGUGACCAAGAAAGACUUCCUAAGGAGAUCAUCUUGAAGAGAGCUGCCGAUCUUGCCGAGGCUCUUUACAGCAUGCCUCGCAAUCAGCUUCCAAUAACUGCCCCUCGUUCCCCAGCAAUCAACAACUCUGGUGGCUCUGGUGGUCUGGUACCCAUGACCUCGUUUGGAAGUCAACUGUCUUUGGGUGAUCACGAUGUCGGUAGCGAGCAACAGUCUGGUUUCUCUCGAGUUCAACCCAGUAGUGCAUUAUCACCGCGUGGUUAUUCAUCUGGUAUUUCCACCCCACACAGUAGUAACGGCAGUACAGGUUCCUACUCAAGCAUGAACGGCUAUGCCAGCGCCAGUAACCUCUCCAAUAUGGCUAUCCCCUCCUCACCAAGUCUCUUCAAUGGGACAGCUACUGCUGUCCCUUCCUCAUCACCACCGUCUCUGCCCCACCCCCCUAGCAGUACUGGGAAUGGGGCAUCGUCCCAUCGCUCCGCCGCCGCCUCACCGGGUAUUUUCUCCUUCUCGCCCGCCAACAUGAUCACUGCCGUAAAGCAGAAGAGUGCGUUUGCCCCCGUGGUGCGCUGUCCCUCCAGCCCCUCGCCCGGCUCUUGCCCGGCCGGAAUGGCUGGGCCAAUGAUUGGGGCAUCAGGUGAGCGUGAGACACAAGGGACAACAGCCAUGAUGUCUCCCUCCUUCUGUGGAGUAGGAGGUCCCUUUGCACUUCCAACCUGUGGGGCACCUACCUAUGGCGCUCACAUUACAAGCCAUAGCAAGUAGCCGGCCUCUCUCUCUGUCUGUCUGUUUGUUUCUCUCUGUUUGUCUCUUUAGUAGCACCCUUUGUCUGUUUGGCUGUAGGUGAUGGUUCAACAUAUCACCUUCCACCCUUUGCGAUUGCUUAAUCAUUGUGCCAUCUGGUAGAUAUUCGGGGCAAAUGGCUUCUGUGAAACAGCUUAUAAGAGAAAAGUUACUCAUUUUGAUUUUUUAUUUUUUUUUUCUCCGACCCGGGAAACUACUUUUACAUCAGUCUCGUGUAAGUGUUGGUUAUCUGAUGGCUCUGUAAAAAUAAUCAUCCAGAACAUGACUCGGAACCUUUGUUUCUAGUGGGUUUUUAAAGUAACCAGUGUGUAUGAAAGUAAACAUGGACAGUUAACUUGGAUGGCUUGGGCAUUAAUCUAUUUCACAAAGAUCUGGUGAAUAUGCUGUGAACACAGUUUAGACAAACAUUACAUACCUUUUAAUACGUAGAUGUAUAGCUUUGAUAUUGUACCAUCCAAACCUAUGUACUUUUUUGUUCGUUUGGUUGAUCAAAAAAGAGUUGGGAUUUUUAAUAAAUCUGUCACCUUGUUUUUGUUUUUAUAAAGAUGUUAUCUUAAAGAGUAUACCAGGGAGCUUUUUAAAAAAAGAAGAAGAGAACAGAAUUGUGAUUAUUAUUAUUAUUAUUAUAUUAAGUAUAUGGUGCCAAGAUUUUAAGCGGAUGAUACUCUAAAAGGGCCUUGGAGCCCAGUACUGGUUUUAUGAUGGUGUUUUUUUUUGCUGCUUUUGUACAUACAUGCUUGUUAUGUUUAACGCAGAUGAUGGGGGGAAUGAUUCUUAUUUUUGUACGGGCGUAGUGUUUAAAAUGCAAUUGUCGGGUACAACUACACAAUGCAUCCCAGAUCACUCAAACAUAAAAGAAGGGAGAUUUAACAUUUAACAACUCCUUUGAAAAUCUUAGCCAACCAUUUAGAAAAGUUUGAUCAAGAUGUUAAGAUAACAAACCACAGUCAAACGAUUUGGAGAUUUUGUAAAAAGAACCAAAAAGUGAGGUUUCAGCUACCGCAUUGUUUUACCCCAGGGUUAGCACCCCUGGGUGUUAUAGCAGUUUGCUGUCAGUGUGAACCUGGUUAUAAGCAAUGGUUAACAAAUAGACCCCAGUACUGAUCAUGUCACGGUUUGUUUACUGUAUUGCUUUAAGUGUUGUAACUGAAUACUACAUUUCGGACAGUUGUGGAGACAUUGUUUUCCCAUUCUGCUGCAAAGUUGUAAACAAACUAUGACGGCAUCAGCACUGAGGUCUAUCUACUGCUUAACAAGUUAUUCGGCCAAAUCAAACAUGGUCAAGAAACCUAUAGUAAAUGCAUCCUUAUAUGAGAUUUCAAAACCUCAAUAUAUGAGGCUUUGAAAUUCACCUUGACCCAAUACCUUGUCUUACCACUAUAUCGCGACAAUCAUCAGUAAAUCUACAUUGACCAUAAUAUUUGCGCAUAUACCUCAAAUCAUUGUUUUUUAUGAGUAAAUUCUUAAUGUUUUUAUAUAAUAUCACCAUUGUUGUCACUACCAUAGUAUAAUUAGAUCCGUUAGUUUUCAGUCUGUAUUCGUUUCUGAAUCAAACACUAUUUAACUCUUGGAUAAAUUGGAAGUGGUGAGAUGAUAUUCUUCUUGUACAUUUUAAAGGAUUGAAAUGAAUUUCUACCCUUAAAGGAGAUCUAUUAAACCAAUAGCAAAACAUAACUGUUCACCUAAAAUUCAACUUGACUGAUUGGUUGAUUUCAACACAAUGUUUGUCAGUCUGGGAGGAUAAAGAUACCAUCUUAAUUGUUUGGAUCUUCCUUUCACGAUGAGAAAUUGUUAAGUCAUGGGAAA